UAUAAGGGCCAGACAUCUCUUUGCUCUUCCUCCAUCAUCAACAUGUCUCUCCAACCACCAGUCCCCUACUCUGAUUUCGAAUUUACCUUUAACCCUCAGCUCCCUUCUUUAUUUUCAAAUCCUCCUCGAAUUCCACCAUCGAGCGAGCUCUUCACCGAAAACGAAACCACAGAUAUCUUCAACUUCUUGGAGGGUUUCGAUACCGGCAUUUGGGACUCGGAACCCAUAGAUCCCUUCUUCCAGAAUCAUUGUUCUUCCUCAUCACCGUUACAUCUACCUCCAUCCACCCCUUAUUCCAAUCCACAUCUCAAUACCGCUCCGGAGCCAUCAGUUUCCAAUAAGCCCAGACGUUCUACUCGCUCUGCAUCUUCUAGAGCCACAAUACACUCACCGACAUCUGAAACAUCAUCACGAGGCAUAAGUCAAGCUCCGAGUACAGUCUCGGACUCCUCUACCACAUCUCCGCCAGCCGCAUCGCCAGAUCCUGCUGCUGAUCUUUCAACAACAUCGAAACGCGGAACGCGCACGAAACCUCUCCUUUCUACCCCUCAAAAACGUUUGAAUCAUAUCCAGUCAGAGCAGAAACGGAGGAACGCAAUUCGCGAGGGCUAUGCGCAACUAAUAUCCUUGCUAUCUCCUGCCGGUUCUGCCCCCGGAAUGGCUCUGGGAAUGCCCACCCGAGGCAGGCCGAAGGGUAGCGGUAGUAGGGGGAAAGGGACAAACAAAGGGAAAAGCGGGGUCUUGUUCCGAGCGGUGGAGUACUGUCGAUGGCUGGAAGAAGGUCGGGAUGCGCUUCGGCAAGAGGUGCUACGACUUGAGGAGGUGGCUGGAAUUAAACAUUCCUCGUAGUGAUGCUUGACGCAGCAACUUUCUUCUUCGACGAAGACGACAAAUGACAGAAAAGAAAACCCAAUGACCCCUUUGUACACUUGACCUUGAACCAUAACUUACGGACGAAACAGUCUCCAGGAUCUCCUUGUACACACUAAUAUGUGCUUUUACUUACUCAACCCUGUACAAUAUUUUCUGUGAACUACCUCGAUUUUUCACGUGUAUUC